AUGUCGCCCACACGGCCACCAUCACUGUUUCCAGCGUUUCUGGCACUGUUGGACGCCCUGCUCUGCUUUUGUUUUGUGUUGAUUUUCGUCGUUGACGUCAACAUGAUGUACCUCGAAUUACCAGGUCUUUUCGCCUUCUACCACGACUACAUCAUUUUUGCGUUUUCGACAGCGAAAAUCGUUCAAUUUCUCAUACCGUACAUGCUCAUAAUGGGCACUUUUGAGCGCUACACAUGGAUCAUCACGAAAGAGUUGGUUUGUCACAACGAUCCGAGCGUUAGUUCGAGUGCUCGCUCCUUGUCAAUUGUCAUACUGGUGGCUGUAGCUGCCUUGAUUCGAGUACCUGCUGCUGCCGCCCUUACCGUCUCAAGGUUUCCUCGAUGUACGGACUAUUUCCGGACACUCGCCGUUGACAUUUCAAUACCGUUGGUGCAAGAGGGAGCUAUGGUUGAACUUCAUUUCGUUCUUGUAGGAGGCUUUAAAAAAGCGGAUAAGGCUGCAGUAACCUUACACUGCCAACGACGA